GGCUCCGAAGCGGAGGAGAAAAGGCUGCGAGGUGGCUGCGGCGGCGGCCGAGAGGUGGGCUCCGGGCGGGACCGCCCAGAGAAUGAACCAGCAGUGCGAGAGAAAACACUACAGCUCAGCUGGUAAAGAAGAUGCUUUGCUUUUGUGAGCGGCGCCUGUGGAAUCUGUGAUGGAAAUGUAAGACUAGCCUCUAGAGCAUCACAGCUUCGCCCAAGCUCCAAUGGAGAUGGCCGGCUGUGGUGAAAUUGAUCACUCAAUAAAUAUGCUUCCUACAAAUAAGAAGGCAAAUGAGUCCUGUUCUAAUACUGCACCUUCUUUGACAGUUCCUGAAUGUGCCAUUUGUCUACAAACAUGUGUUCAUCCCGUCAGUCUGCCCUGUAAGCAUGUUUUCUGUUAUCUGUGUGUAAAGGGUGCUUCAUGGCUUGGGAAGCGAUGUGCUCUUUGUCGACAAGAGAUUCCUGAGGAUUUUCUUGACAAGCCAACCUUGUUGUCACCAGAAGAACUUAAGGCUGCAAGCAGAGGAAAUGGUGAAUAUGCAUGGUAUUAUGAAGGAAGGAAUGGGUGGUGGCAGUAUGAUGAGCGCACUAGUCGGGAGCUAGAAGAUGCUUUUUCCAAAGGUAAAAAGAACACGGAAAUGUUAAUUGCUGGAUUUCUGUAUGUUGCUGACCUUGAAAACAUGGUUCAAUAUAGGAGAAAUGAACAUGGACGUCGCAGGAAGAUUAAGCGAGAUAUAAUAGAUAUACCAAAGAAGGGAGUAGCUGGCCUUAGGCUGGACUGUGAUACCAAUACUGUAAAUCUAGCAAGAGAGAGUUCUGCUGAUGGUGCGGACAGUGGAUCAGCACAGACCGGAGCUUCUGUUCAGCUUGCAGUGCCAUCUUCUACAAGGCCCCUAACAUCAGUUGAUGGUCAGUUAACCAGCCCUGUAACACCAUCCCCUGAUGCAGGCAUUUCUUUGGAAGACUCUUUUGCUCAUUUACAACUCAGUGGAGACAGCAUAGCUGAAAGGAGUCACAGAGGUGAAGGAGAAGAAGAUCAUGAAUCGCCAUCUUCUGGCAGAGUACCAGAUACCUCCGUUGAAGAAACAGAAUCAGAUGCCAGUAGUGAUAGUGAGGAUGCCCCUGUGGUAGUUGCACAGCACUCUUUGACCCAACAGAGACUUUUGGUUCCAAAUGCAAACCAGACAGUAGAUGACCAGUCAGACCGAUCAGGAACUGACCGAUCAGUUGCAGGGGGUGGGACCACGAGUGUCAAUGUCAGAUCCAGAAGGCCUGAUGGACAGUGCACAGUGACAGAGGUUUAAACAAAUGUCUUCAGCACCACACUCAAGGGUAAAAUGGAUACCUGUAAAUUUCUGCCCACAUAACAUUAUACUCAUCCUUAGUAGUGCGUUGUGGGAGUAGGGGGGAAGGGAUAUGGGAAAGACAGACCUGAAAUUAAAAUGUCUAACAUGUCUCUGCUGAAAUUUAUUUAAUGUGAGGAAUUGGGGUGUUGAUAGUUGAGAGCUGUUCAGUAUGACACAGUUUUCUUGACAUCUGUUUACUUUAUAGUGUAAUUUUUUAAGUUUUUAGUUCUUUUGGCUAGUGUGUCCCUGUGCAUUAAUGGUCCUCACCUGACCCUUGCACUACCUUAUUUUUUCUGCAUGGAUUGGUAUAAAAUCUUCAAUAAAAUUCGGCACCUGUGAGAUAUUUGAUAUCAUUAUGAGCAGGAAGCUUGAUGUGAAUUUGGGAUUUUAAAAUAGAUGAUUAACAACUAUAGUUGGUCUUAUUGACAUAGAAAUGUAAAGCUGCAGCUAAUAAGUUUCAGAAUCUGUAACACUUCAUGGUGUUCCUUUCCAUAAGAUUUGCUGUCUUGUCCUUGUACUUUGAGGUUUCUCUUAGUCUGAAUUUUUCUUUUUGAUUAAAAAAACUUUAUAAUAUAAUAAAUACUAGAGUUUAUCAGAAAUAAUUUACUUCUUGUUUGAGUCUGGAAAAGGGAUGGGGACACUUUGGUAUUUGUGGCUAAAGAGCUUUUUUAAAAGGUGAGGUUUGAAUUGAUUGUAUUCUAUUCAAACUGUUCCUUACUCAAGAAGUAAGUCUGAUUCCUUCAGAAGAGAAUAAGGAAAGAGAAGCUAUCAAUGGGCACUGUGUUUGGAAUAAACAGAUGUGGGAAAAGAUUCAUAAGUCAUGAGAUUUAAAUUUCUCAAGCAGCUAAUACCAUUAAUUUACAUUUACUUUACCAGUCUCUAUCAGUGGUCUUACUGUCUGGGCUACAAGCAUAGUGUUAUAGAACCAAUAAGCCCACUUUAUAUGGAUUGGCAAGGUAGGAAAUACUGACGAACACAGAAUUGAGAAUUUGUCUCGGAGAAAACACAUCUGUCUGUGUUUGCUUUAAAAAGUGGGGUUCUGUAUUUACAUACUUCUAAAUUCCCUGUAUUAGGAUUAUCACAUUAACAGAGUGCUAAAACAAACAACCAAAAAGUCAUUAUUUUGAGUUUCUUACCUCUUGUUGAGACUGAUUAGAAGUUAAUUCUUAUACAGUUUUUAUGGAACAAGUAAAUUCUGGAAUGGACAUAAAGUUUGGGUUAUGUGUGUUUAUUAAAUUUAGUUAUUAAAAGAUAGCCAUACAAAAAUUAUAGUUAGG